UAAACAAUACACGCGUGACGCGAAUAUUUACUCUCAUCAGAGAUAACCGUGCAAAAUUCUUCGUAAUUUACUGUAAGCGGCCGUAAUAAAGUAGAUCCAAAGCUAAUAGUCGGAUGAUAAUUGAUAACAUAAUAUUAUUUGUUCUCGUCAGAUGGAAAUCGCAUUGAUUUUCAGUUCCUCGCGAGAUUCGCCGGCUGCGACAAAUUGAAAUGCAAAAAUAAUAUAAUAAUAAUUAUAUUUAUUGUGCGAGACAAAAUAGAAUCGUGAUAAUUGUUUAGGUGCGAAAAUGUCGUCGAUAGUGCUUAAAUGUGAGGGAGUGGAAGAUGGCGGCGAGGGGCGGGGCGAAGGGUGGAGCGAGACGGCGCGGGCGUGCGCGGCGGAGCUGGUUGGCACGGCGCUGCUGGUGACGCUUCUGUGUCUGCAGGCCGCCGCCGAGCCCGCAGCGCGCGCCGCCGGCGCCGGCGCCACGGUGUCUCUGCUGGUGCACAGCCUGGGCCACGUGUCGGGCGCGCAGCUCAACCCGGCGGUGACGCUGGCUGCGGCGCUGCGGCGGCGGCAGGCGGCGACGCGCGCGGCGCUCGAGGUGUGCGCGCAGCUGGCGGGCGCGGCGCUCGGCGCGGCGGCGCUGCUGCUGCUCCGCCCAUCCCUGCUGCCGCCCUGUUGCACCCUCCCCGCCCCGCACCUCACCGACGCCCGGGCGGUGUGCGCGGAGGGCGUGUGCGCUGGCUGCCUGGUGCUGGCGAACCUCGCGGCGUGGGACGCGCGCCACGCCGACCGCCAGGACUCGUGGCCGCUGCGCCUCGGCGCCGCCGUUGCUGCGCUCGCCCUCGCCGCCGGCGAGCUGACCGGCGCCAGCAUGAACCCCGCGCGCAGCUUCGGCCCCGCGCUGCUCGCCGGCAACUUCGCCAGCCACUGGGUGUACUGGGCGGGGCCGGUGCUGGGCUCGCUGGCGGCCACGGCGCUAUACGGGGUGGUGUGGGCGGGGCCCCCCGCGCGCCUCUCUCCACCCGCGCGCGGCGACGAGGCGCGACCGCUGCACGAGUGAACACCAUGUUUUGUCUUUGUCCGUCAUUUCCAACGUCAUUUAACGCAGUGUUCCGCAAAAGGUGUGCCGCGGCACACUGAUGUACCGUGGCCAUCAGAUGGUGUGCCUCAAAAAUGUCUUGGUGUAUUAAUUCCUAAUUAAUAAGAACCAGAAAAAGGAAAGUUUUAAGACGAUCGCCGAAGGGAUGGCACCUCAGAGCAUC